UACACUGCCGGAAUCCUAUAAGAAGAAGAAGAAGCCACUGGAAUGAACAGGGCUCCGCUUCGAGCGCUGCACCAGCUGUCUUCAUACACCCAUGGUGUCACCUUCACAGUAUUAAUUUAGUCUCUGCAAAACGUUUUUGGAUAUCGUGGGAAAUUAACGUCAAUGUCCUGACACAGAGACCGAUGGGAGACAAGGGUGUAGGACGAUGAUACAUUGAACAGUCCAUGACAUCAAGACGCAGAGGAACAGAAGGAUGAGCUCACUGCACAGACAGCUGAGUCAGCUCCGCGGAGCAUGGAGAUGGAGGAGGGUGGAGGUUUCUCUGUACCCAGCCACUGGCUUCCACUGCAGGACCUUCUGCUCCACUACCUCAGGACCAGCAGAAUCCAUAGAGAUCCACAAGAGGAAGCUCUUCCUGUGGUUCAGCCACCUUCCUCGGGAGGAAAAACUAUUUUGCGGGUACUUCAGCCCCGAGACCAUGCAUGUGGAUCCACUGAUACUGGAAAGAAAAGCUGAAGAGAAGGCAGGACUGCUCAGUUCCGUUCUCCAAACCCAGCCCCCCUCCUGCCCCUCUGUGACUGUGGAACAGCUGUUUGAUCCCACUGAUGCCUGGAGGGACGGCCGGGGGCUCAAUGUGCUGCUGUACGGGGCCGUGGGAACAGGCAAAAGUACAGUGGUCCGAAAGCUGGUGCUGGAUUGGUGCACAGGGACCACCCUGUCCCACUUCAAGCUGCUGGUUCCUUUCUCUUGUGAGGACCUUGGCCAACUGUCAAAAGUGGCUUCCUUAAGGGACCUGGUGAGCAGGAAGUACCUCCACCUGAGAAAACACCCCCUGCUGAGUGGGGAGGGAAACCAGGCCAAGGAUGUGCUCUUUGUCUUCAAUGGGAUGGAGAAGAUGAAACUGGACUUCCGAAUUGGAGCCACAGAGCUUUGCAGUGAUCCUAAUGAGGCGCUGCCUGCAUAUGUGGUGGUGGUCAACCUGCUGAGGAAAUAUCUCCUGCCUGAGGCCAGCAUCUUGGUUACCACCAGACUGUCUGCCCUGGACCGUAUCCCACAGAAGUAUGUGAGUCGCUAUGCACAGAUUUGUGGCUUCACUGACCCGGAGCGCCAGCGGGCCUACUUCACCAGCCGCCUCCUGCAGCAAGGUGGAGAGACUGCAUGUAACCAUGAGGCCCAGUCUGUCAUAGAGCUGCUUUACCUCAACCUUCAGAGACAAAGUCAGCUGGCUACAGCCUGCUUUCUCCCAUCCUACUGCUGGCUCACAUGUGCUACCUUACACUUCCUCCAUUUCACCGGUGCCAAGGAACCCAUCCGCACACUGACUGGCAUAUACACCAGCUUCCUUAGGCUCAACUUUGGAGGUGAGGUGCUGGGCACAGGGACAGGGACAAAUGUGCCUAUACAGGAACACCAGAGUUCUCUGAUGUUGUAUGUAGUCCGUACAGUUGGGAAACUUGCUUUUGACGGUGUGACAUACAAACGCACGUCAUUCUCAGAAAAGGAACUGGAGCAGUGGAUAGGAGGGAAGACCAAGACGGAUGAGGAGCUACAUCAGCUGGCCAUGUUCCGGACUGAUGUGCUAGACUUCUUUUUGGCUCCCAGUGUAGAAAGCGUUAAGCAUUUAGCAGAAGAUCCCAGUGAGAGUGAUCAGAGGCGGUAUGUAUUUGCUGUCCCUGCCAUGCAGGAGUACCUAGCGGCUCUCUACGUGGUUCUCGGAGAGAACAAGUCGGCUCUGGAGAAGCUGACCAGUCAGGUGUCUGAGGUCAUUGGUCAGACAAGUGAGGAUGUCAAUGCCCUCAUUAACAUCCUUUCAAAGUUUAUCCCCCUCAGAAUAUUUGCUGUAUUCAACCUCCUUAAGCUUUUUCCGAAGCUCUUUGAGAAGAUCAGCAGUCUGAACAAAGGCAGCAUUGCCAGAACCAUGGCAGCUGAGAUGUUCCGCACCGAGGAUAGCUACAAUGAGGAUGUCCUGGAUCAGGUGGAGAAAAGCCUCCUGGGAGUCCAUGGCCCCCAGCCACAGCAGUACAGUAAAGGCCAGCCUUUUGAGCUCUACCCCAUCUUCAUGGGUGGACUGUUGCAUUAUGGUAACCGUGUCCUUCUCCAGCAACUUGGGUGCAGCAUUCAGAGCACCACUGUGGCCAAGAUCACACAUGUCCUUAGGAAGUACCUUGUCAGAGAGCUCAGCAAGCCACAGCCACCGGAGGAGUUGAUGGAUCUACUAGUCCUUCUGUAUGAGUUUCAGAACCCCAGACUGACUGCAGAGGUUCUGGCCUCAAUCAGAACCAUCCGCCUCACCAACAUUCGUAUGACGCCACGCAAAUGCUUUGUACUGAGUUCUGUGCUCUCAUGUUCCCCUGCAAGUUAUCACCUUGAAGAGCUGGACCUGUCCUCCUGUCUCCUGACUCAUGAAAUGCUUCAGAUGCUGUGGCCGGCCUUCAGACACACACAUAACCUCAAUCUGCAGUUUAACAGCCUGGGUCCUGAGUCCUGCAUCCUCCUGAGAGAUCUGCUACUAGACCCCAAGAGCUCUAUUAAAUCCCUAAAACUGUGUGACAACCCUCUGCUGGAGUCUGGAGGCUGCACCCUGCUGGAGGUUUUGCCAGAGAACCAGUCCCUAACACACCUGUCCCUGAUGCACACUGGGCUGGGGGACCAGGGUGCCUUGAAGCUGGCUGAGAGGCUCCAGCAGCACAUGGGGCUCCAGGAGCUCAACGUGGCCUACAACAACAUCGGAGACAACGCUGCUCUGACUCUAGUGGACGCCUGCAGGGAACACCCCAGCAUUCACACUGUGCACUUGUAUCUGAACCCUCUCAGUGAUGUGGGGAAACAGACCCUAUAUGUUAGAGGUGUUCCCAAGACCCAGAGCGGUCUGAGGGUCAAGGUCCUGGCUUCAGUCACUGAAGGCUCAGACAUCUCCGAGAACUGGCACCCCAUCCUCGAUGUGAUACGAGAGAAUGCCUCGUCCUGGGACCGCCAGCGUGUCAAGCAGCAGCUUCAGGUUUUCCUCCAGGAUCUGGAGUGGGGCCGUCGGCAGCAGCAGAGCUUCUGGAAAAGGCUGCACUUCCGCAGGGUGGAGAAGGGUGUCCGGCAGACUCUACACAUGCUUGAGAAGGACACUCUACCUCCAUCCACAUGAAACCGCAAUUAACCAAUAAACACCAAGAGGUGAAAGGGAAGUAUGUUUUCAGCAGCAUAUCAGGUUUAAAUCUGAGUGUGUCCACACAGGAGAAACAUCUGCAGCUAGUCUAAACUGGAGGUCCAGGAGGUACAUUUUCAUUAUUGUAACAGAGAAGACUUCAUUCAAUAUUUACAAAGCAGCUUAAAGACAUCCCUGACUUUGUUUUACAUACAUAAUGUAACCCUGAUUCAGUCAGGACACUCGCAGGUUUUAACCAGUUAUUGCAAAUACUGUAUAUAUUAGGGCUGUCAAUCGAUUCAAAUAUUUCAUUGCAAUUAAUCGUAUGAUUGUUAACUCGCGAUUAUUAGCAAAUCAUUCGCACAUUUUUGAUCUGUUCAAAAUGUACUGUAAAAGGGAUUUAUUUUUAAGUUUUUAAUGCUCGAGCUAUUUGAGACUGGACGUACUCCGGUGGUAACUCCGUUCACAUCAACAGUUCAUGCAGAUAACUUUAGUCUGGUGGAGAGAACCAUCUGGAAGGGCUUUGGAUCUCAACUUGCCAUUCAAAAACCCUUUUUUUUUAUUCAGAAAAAAACACACACACACCAGUGUUUCCUCUAUGUUGAUUUUUUUGUGGCGGCCACAGAAAUAGGACUGCACAAAAGGCCGUCUAUCAGCAGUGAUUGUUAAAGUGCAUGUCGGAGAACAGCGCAGACGCGCUUUACACCGCGAGCGGGCACGCGCGCCACUUGGCGGAAAAGGGAGAGAAAGAGAAAAAAAAUAGACUGCCGCUGUACGGAGGAUAGUUGAGAUUGCGUGUGUGCGUCCUUGAGAACUGAAAGUCGUAUAACUUAUGUUGUCAGUUCAUUUAAGCCUGUUAUUGUAUUAGUCUAUAGUUCUUGCAAAUUUAAAUUAACUGGUGAUUUUCGUUGUUUGUAUUCUUCACCUGCUAGCUAAAUUGCACGUGGCUGUUGAUUCGAUAUAAUAGCGAACGCCCUUGCUCACAUUUGUAUUUUAGGUGCAUUAUUUACAUGCUGAAGUAGUUACACUGCAUUAAGAUAAUGUAAUUAAUAGUGGGUUUAUUGUUAUUUGCUAUAUAUAAUUCCUAUGCAUUGUGUAUGGUAGCCUUUACAAUGUUAUUUAUUUCUUUGUAGAACCACACACACACACACACACACACACACACACACAACACCAUACCAAAGCUACCCCCGCCCAUGUUUCUACUGUUGCUUGAUCUUAAUAAAGCAUCAAAAGAGAGAAGUUGUCUCCGUCCAUGUUUUAACAGACACACCUGGGGCAAAGUUGGAAACCAGAAUAAGCUACAGUGAAGUUUAAAUACAGUCCUAAUUCUGAUUAAACGUUGUCCAAUUAGAAUUGGGUUGUUGUUCGGACAGACCUGCCCCCACUGCUAAAAAAAAUCCUAAAUGAAACACUGUAUACACACACACACACACACACACACACCUUCCAUCCCCUACUCUGUGCAGUGCUGCUGCACAAGACGAGCCGUGGAUGCAUGCAGCAUGGGAAUGAAUUACAAUAGAAAUAUAUUUAUAAGUCGCUAAGAGGGUCUGAAAAGUCGCCAAAUCUAACGAGAAACUCGCCAAGUUGGCGACACUGUCCACAAGGUUACUGCAUCGCGUCCUGAUUUCCCGUGCGUUAACCAAAAAAUGAGUGCCUUUAAAAGGAAUUUGCUAAUUCGUUAUUUUCACGUUCAUUUUGACAGCCCUAACAUAUAAAAUAGGAAAAUGUGAUUGGUGCCUCCCUAAUAUCUUCCAUAUUUAUGGCUGUCAUUUUAUUUGGAGCCACAUGCAGCCACAUCAUGCAACCUUUUCUGAUGUUGUAUUCUGUGUUUUAUUCUUUUAAUUGUAUGUUAUGUUUUGUUUCAUUCUUGGUUCUUGUUGUAAAUCACUUUGGAUUCCUGCUGGUGGCUGUAAAGCGCUAUAAAAAUAAAUGUUGAUUGAUUGAUUGACAUCUAUGCAAAACCAUAUUAAUACCUUUUGACAUGUACUUUUACGGCUAGUCUAUAUCCUUCGCGUUCCACUUCCGGGAUUGCUCCGGUGCUGCAGGGAAUUCCGCCGGAUGCAUGUAUUUUCUCUUUCCUUCCGUUUUCCUCCCAUCCCCGAAUGCUAUGUGGAGUAGCCAGACCCUCCUCCAAAGCGUACUGAAGGAGGGUCUGGCGACUAUCAAAGCAAGACUAUUUUACGGCCAACAAAGUGUACACUAUAAUGUUUUGGGACUAUUUAUUCCAGCAGAUUUAUUGUACUGUGUUUGCA